GAAGAAAAGAUGCCUGAUUCGGAUAAUACAACUAAAUCUGCAUCAUCUGAAGAAAAAAACACGCCUGAUGAAAAGGACACAUCGAAUAAAGAUAAUCAACACCGUGAAUUUGACUGGAUGAUAAGACCAUGUGAGAUAUAUAACGAAGAAUAUAAAGAUUGUAGAAGCAUCAGAGCAAGAUUUCAUCAGUACUUUGUAUUUGGACACAGAAUAGACUGCACACAAUGGAAAACUGAUUAUCAUAAUUGUUACCUAUGGGAAAAGUACAAAUCUGAAAAAGCAUAUACAAAUUUAAUAGACGGUGAGAAGAAGCGUAGGAUGGAAAGGUUACGACCUCAUUUCCAGAACAAUGUUUGGCAGAAAAGAGACAAACCACCAGAAAACUGGAAUGGACAAUUACCCGAUUGGUUACAAACUAAAAUGGAAAACACAUUUCUCUCAAUUGCAAGUGAUGAACUUAAAGAAUCUAAAUCAAAAAGUUCCUGUACAAUAAUGUAGUAGAAAAAAUGAAUAUUAAAAAGUUUAAGUUCUUGUA